AUGCCAAAAGUGGAUGGGGUGAGUUCUUGUACUUAUUUUCUUUGCAUUUUUGUGCGUAUUGCUUCGACCGACCCGAUGCGAUGGACGCCAGUCCUAUCUAGAAGUCAUGACCGUAAAACGACAUGUCGCCUCCAACUCAUCCAUGAUUCUCCUUUUCACCCCCAUGAUUUUAUUCGUGGUACCCCUUUCGGGGUUCCUUCUUUUUUAUAA